AUGCGCAAACCACACCGUGCAGGAAGCCAGGCUUUGAAACGGGCGAUGUCGUAUGGGCUCGCGAUAUCGCACCAGAAGCAAACCCCGUUACUGCCAGGGCAAAGAUCUGUCCGGGAUACCCUCUACGUCGAGGAUAAAGUUGGCUCUUUCACCUUUGGCAUUCCCAGUCUCCCCCACCAAUGGACGAUCUGGGGUAGUCGUGCAGACGAAUCGGCGUGUCCGAAGGAGAUCUGGUCGAAGGUGCCGUCAACCGACCAUCGCGAUAUCCGUAAGGCCGCUUUCCAAGAAUACGCCGCAGCCACGCAUUUCAAUGCGGUGCGAAUCCCAUCUACAGGAUGCGUGCACGCGUCGGCCGCGCUGGGUGGCAUUUGCGGCCUCUUGGCGGCGUUGCGUCAUUAUUGGGACUCAGUCUGUCGCGGUCGAGCUGUCCUGGUCCGGAUCUUCAUCGAGGUGGUGAAGAACCUCGCGGAGACUGGAUCGCCAUCUGGGGGUAUGUUCUUUCCGUAUAGACAGUACGAAUGUGACCUUUGCAUCAGCAUCCACCACCACCGGGUCCAUCAUGCCGCACCGGCACGACAACAGGCAGGUCUACGCGUCAUAUGCGUAGCUGAUAGCCCGCCACGCGCGGCGGCCUGUCGAAUGGGUGCAGACGCCCCCGUUCGCUGGAUUCGUCGCGCCAUCGAGAUUAUCCGCGGUAUCACUGGGAAAGCUACGCUACGCAUCGACAUCAGCAGCCAACGUCUGUCAUCAUACGGUACCGAUAAAGCUGUUCCAUACGUCGCCUGUGGUGGGAGAAGCGAUCGUCUCCUGGUUAGAGGUUGCUACAGUCGAAGGCCUUUGAGUUACCGCCGAUUGUCCGAGUCGAUGGAGGGCUUGCCGGGCAUUUUCAAUGACCCGUUGGAGAUUCUGCGACAGGGUGCGAACUGGAUUGAACUGGCACAGAAACCUUUGAGGGCGGCCACCACGCUAUCUUUCGCCGACGGUGCUAGGCGCGGCUACGACUACAAAGGCCCGGCCAACCCAGAGCCCACCAUCCCGCCGGAGCCCAAUUUCCCAUCAACGACCCUCUCAACGGCCGCGUGGGAACAUUACAUUGUCACUGCGUAUCGAUUCUGCGGCGCGAACCGGCGGCCCUUCAACACGCAAGUGGAGCAUGACGAGCGAUAUCGCAUCGCAGACGAGCACCUGACGUGA